GCCAGGGGAAUUACUUAACUAGUUUUUAUUUCGCAGGAAUUACUGUAGCAUAAUCCAGUAAAUUGGGGAAGAUGAACAGUAACUUACGAAAUCAAAACUACUCAGAAAAAACCCACAAAAUCAGCGAAUGAACUCCUUAGCUAGACGAUGCUAACAGUAUAAGCAGAAUUCACAGAGCCCAAGUAGAAACUGAAUUAAAAAUCGUCAGUCCACAGAGUUCGAGCAAGCUACAGUACCCAAAAAAAAAUUGGGGGAAAACGGAAACCUUACUCAACUCCGGCGAAAUAGGUAUCCAGAUGCUCGCCUUGAAGUUACGAACCUCGGACUGUGCUCAGAAACCAAUUUGAACGAAAGGAUUUUGAGAAAUCUUUGGUCAAAGCUUCAUCGGUGAACAGUGCAAACCCCAACGGAUCUUUACUAACUGCGGUACGGCGGCUUCAGGGUGGUCGGAAUCCAGGCGGGGGAGGUGCGCCAGAGGCCGGCGACCCCCAACCAACCUUCUUCUUCCACGAGCAGCCAAUAUAAGUUGGGAUUCAAACUCACCUUCUAAAUCGGGAGUGAAUAGUAAUUCAGCGACCUGGGACUUCAAGCUUCGUUCGUUCCUUGCCCAAAAAAAAAAUCAAACUCUCUGGAAUCUACCGGUAGAUAAGAGAGAAUGACUAAGAAAUUCCGACGUGCGAAAAAUCCUAGAGAGAAGAAGGAGCGUUCUCAACUUGCGUACUACUGAAAAAGGAUCUUAAGCUUUGGAAUAAGAAUUCUUUUGGAAAUAUCUUUGAAGGCAUUAAGGAUUGUGAAAAUAAUGUCAUGUUGGUUGAACAUGAUUUUGAAGUGAAUCCUACUGUGGCAAAUAGAGAGCACUGGAAUCAUCUUAAAACACUUUUAGUUUCCAAAUAUAAGUUGGAGAGGAAAUUUUGGAAGCAAAAAGAAAAUAUUAAAUGGCUGAAGGAUGGAGAUGCUAAUACUAAGUUCUUUCAUUCUUUUCUGAAAGUUAAACAUAGGAAGCAAGGUAUCUCUUCAAUAACAAUUUGUCAUGGGCAGAUUGUUACCUCCUUACCUGAUAUAUUUGAGGCUGCUGUCAACUUUUUCUCAAAUCUAUAUGCUGUGGAACAUGUGUUUGAAGCUGCAGAACUCCUGCAGUUUAUUCCCAAGCUGGUUAAUGAUGAAGAUAAUGUUAAUUUAAUGAAAAUUCCUCAGGAGGAGGAAGUUAAUUUAGCAGUGUGGGGUCUGAAUCAAAAUGGUGCUCCUGAUCCUGAUGGAUUUAAUGGCAAAUUUUUCAGGAAGUGCUGGCAUAUUUUAGGGGUAGACUUGGUUAAAGCUGUUCAAGAAUUUUUUAUGGGUAUCUCUAUUCCUUAUGGGAUAUCUAGCAGUGUAGUGGUCUUGAUUCCUAACAAAGGUGUUAGCUGACAGACUUUCUCUUAUUUUGCCCAAGAUUAUUUCCCCUGAGCAAAUUGGAUUCAUGAAGAACCAGGAUAUGGUGGAUCACAUUCUAAUUGCUCAAGAGAUGAUUCACUCAUUGGAAAAAAAGAUUAGAGGUUCUAAUGUGGUUAUCAAGGUAGAUAUGGCUAAAGCAUAUGAUAUGCUUUCUCGACGGUUUAUUAGAGAAGUGCUUCAGAGGUUUGGUUUUUCACAAUCCUUUAUUCAAGUCAUUAUGAACAAUCUGUCCUCCACUAAUCUAUCUAUUUUAAUCAAUGGGGUGCCCACUGGUUUCUUUAAACCUAAGUGGGGAGUUAAACAAGGGGACCCUCUGUUAGUAUAUAUGUCCUAGCGACAAUCAUUUUUUAGAGACAUAUGUACUUGAUCACAUUUACUUUUUAUAUUUGAUAUAUACACGGUAUUACACUUUAUGAAUGAUUGUUUUCGAUUGUCAAUGUUUUAUUCAUAAUUGUGUUCUCUUGGAUUUAUGUUGUCAAUAAGUAAGUGGGAGCUUAUAUGAUAUAACAUAAGGUCC